UCUCUUCUGCUGUGUUUGGCAGCCGGCUGCUUCGCCCAGACGCCUCAACCAUGCACUGCACCACCUCUGCUAAUGGGAGGAUUUACCACGUCUAGUCAAAAUGGAGAGGUGAUGUCUACUGGUAAAUACACGUAUGAUGCGCUGGGACAAAAGAUCCGUUUGUUUCAGUUUGGGCAGUACAAGAACCAUCCAUUCAAUCAGGACCUUCUUUUAAUGUUUAAUCAGGGCGUCAUGUACAAAAUCAACUGGCUGAAUUUCACAUGCACAUCAGUGCCCAUGAAAACAGACUUCCCUCCUCUCCAAAUUCCCCAAACCGCCUCCUUCUUGAAUCAGGUGGUCAUGGGCACCUCCUCCAUUCUAGGCCAAGGUCUGCUGGUCAGUAACUGGGUGGGAGAGGAACCUGCUGGACAAGCAAAGUACAUGUCUACCGUCACUGAGAUCGGCUGUAUACCAGUCAGCAUGAUGUACCACACCCCUAAAACUGGCUGGAUCGCCACCAGUUUCUUCAACAACAUCGUGGGCAUUGACGACCCUGGUAAACUCCUCCCCCCUCCCUUCUGCCGUUUCGCCAAAAGGGAGGAAACAGAACCUGUCAACUUCUUCACCCUCUUCGCCUGA